CGAUGCUACAUUUGGUCACCUGACUUCAAGCGCUCGCUCUUAGCGUUAGCCGCGGCGGAAUAUCUGCGCAACCUCUUGCAGCUCAAUAAAUUACAACAUAACCGAGUCAAAGAAUACUUCUUAUUUCCAAUGAGGCGAGAGAACCCCCCCAUCGAUGCUCUUGCGGCAUGGGCUAGACUUAACAGCGUCCAAUUCCACGGCGUUGAGGUCACGCAAUUACAGACUGAAGCUGGAGUUGACAAGGGGUGUUCGGUUGUUGCGACUGCAAAGAAAUCAGCCCCAGAGUUCGAUCCAGAAACUCCAGCUGAGCCAGAAAUAUUGAUGACUAUUCCGUCUGAUCUAGUGCUUUCACUAGAGUUAGUGGAAACCUGUGCCAAAGCCGACAGGCGUUUGAAGGAGAUCUUGGAUGCUAUGGGGGAGUUCGCAAGGACAGCCCGAGGUGCCAUAUUAAUUUUCCUCCUGGUGCACAUUUCAUAUUCGGAUCCAGACUUAUCGUCCAGGGAACACAUUAAAAUAUCCAACGCAUGGACAGAGUACAUAAAAUUUCUUCCGGCGUCAUACUCUUUGCCAACUUGGUACACCAUCGAGGAGCGUGAGCUUCUACAUGGCACUUCACUGGAACUAGCUCUGGACUUGAAAUUGGCUUCGCUAGAGAAAGAAUUUGAGCAGUUACGUGAAGCUACGAUGGAUAUCCCCUGGUGCAGUCGUGAUUGGUGGAACGAGGAUACAGGCCGGCUUGCCUUCGAGGAUUGGAAGUUAGUCGACGCCAUGUAUAGAUCGCGAGCCCUGGAAUUUCCCGGCAAGGGGCAUUCUAUGGUUCCCUGUGUGGAUAUGGCAAACCACACGUCGGGUAUCCAGACCGGCGCGUUGUAUGAGACCGAUGCAAAUGGAAACGCUGUUUUGCAGUUGGGAUGGGGACAGAGUUUGGACGUGGGCGACGAAGUAACCAUCACAUAUGGUGACGAAAAGGGUGCUGCCGAGAUGAUAUUCUCCUACGGAUUUAUUGAAAGCAACCUGACGAACGCACACCAGCUGUUCCUUGACCUCGAUAUCCCGGCUAGUGACCCACUAGCGCCCGCGAAAAAAGCUGUCUGUGACGUCGCCCCUGGAUUCCGCCUUUUCAUACCUCCCGGUUCUGACACGACUGAUUGGGAAAGCUCAUUUGUCUGGUGGUGUUGCGUAAACGAAGAGGACGGCCUAGAGUUCCGCGUCAUUCAGUCAAACCAAGGAGAGCGGGAGCUCAAGGUUUCAUGGAAAGGAUCUAGCCUAAGCUCGUCCGGGUCAUUGCUCGACCACCUCAAAAUGAAACCUAUGUGGGAGGUCUUUCAGCUUCGGGCGGUUGUAACGAUACAGGACCGCAUGGAGAGUCAACUUCUUCAGCUGCAUGCGAGGGACGAAUAUGUGCAACAAUGGCUUGAAUAUGUCGACGAAAAGGUGAUUCGCCGGUCUGUAUGGCAAACAACUCUUAAACUCAGAGAAUUGGAGGGAGAGCUCUUGGAAGCUGGGCUUCGUGAUAUAGAAGCAAAGAAACUACAACUAUUGGAUACAGAGCCUGUUAAGGCUUAUUUGGCAACGCAGAACCCUGGCGCAGACAUUGCGGAGGACUUCUCCUAAGUAACUCUCACUGUUGGCCAAUAUAUUAUAACCCGACUCUCCUCUCCAAUGAGAAAAAAGACCGACGAACCGAAAUGAAAAGACUAGUACUUCAAGUGAAUACUGGACUGCUUAUUACCGUGAAUUCUAAUUGCUCUAGGUUAUCUUACAUGCAAAAGGCUUGACCUUGAACCUUUGAAAUCAACAUAUAUGGUGAACAGCCUCUCAGACACUCUAGUUUACAAAAUCAACAAUAACAGUCACUAAAAACAUAGCUAUGAAAAACGCAGUAACUAUUCUUUGAAUGACUGAAGUUCUAAUUAUGUUUCAAUAUUUCUUUUUAUCUGAGAUAAUUUCUACUGAUUUCUAUAUAAAAUUUCACUUUAUUUAACUCAGUUAUAUUCUUUCUUUUCUUUAUAUUUAAACUUUUCUCAUUUACUUCUAUGCUUUCAAUCUUCACUCUGUGACAAACUAACUCACUAUUUUCAUAGCUGUAAAAUGUUCUUAUUAAAGCUAUUGAGAUAUAAUCUGAAAUAAAACACUUUAAUUCACAUUUCAGUGAUUUACAAUAAUUAGAGAAAUUCAGAAGAUUAAAUUU